CGGUGCCGUCGGUGCCGCCGCCGCCGCCGCCGAUAUGGCGCGCACGGCCCCUGUGGAGCCACCGCUGCGGCAUCCCGCGCCCCCGUCGCCGGCUGCGGGAGAGCCCCGCGCCUCGGUUGAGGCGGCGGUGGCCCCGCGGAGGGUGCUGUUCGCUGACGAGGCCCUGGGGCUGCCUCUGGCGCAGCUACGCCGCUACCGGCCGUGGGGCGGGCCCGGGGCGGGCAAGAUGGCGGCGGCGACCGGGCAAGAUGGCGGCAGCGGCGGGGCUGAUGAGGACGAUGAUGGCGAGGAUGGGGAUGAAGGGGAGGAGGAAGAGGAGGCUUGCCCCGAUCCCUCGCCGCUGUGCCCCGUUCCCGCUGGCGGGGGGUUUUACCUGGUGCCCACAUUUUCGUUGCCGCCCGCGCUGGGCCGUCUGGAGCGGUUGGGGCGUGUGAUGGUGGAGCUGGAGGCGCUACUGCCGCCUCCUGGAGCGGUCCCCGGGGGUUCCGGGGUGUGGGUGCCUGGGGGGCGCCCGCCGGUGGUGCGCGGGUUGGUGCGCGUGCUGAACCGCUCCUUCGAGAAGGCGGUGCACGUGCGGGCUUCGCACGACGGCUGGGCUUCCUUCUGCGACCACCCAGCGCGCUAUGUCCCACGCAGCCCGCCUGGGGCAGGAGUGGGAGGAACAGGAGCAGGAGAUCCCCUCCUGGAUCCGGGUCUAGGCCUGGGCCCUGGCCAGAUGUCUGCCUCCUCGCCCGACGACGGUGGCCGCACUGACCGUUUUGCCUUCCAGCUGCCCUUUGCUGAGGGCGCGGGUGAUGGGGCGCGCCUCGACUUCGUGGUGCGCUAUGAGACCCCCGAGGGCACUUUCUGGGCCAACAACCAUGGCCGCAACUACACUGUCCUGCUUCGGAUCGCACCCGCUCCCACACCCACUGAUGCCGAAGGGCUGCCCCAGCAGCAGCAGCUGCAGCAGCUGGAGCCACAGCCUGAGUCCCAGGGUCCUGUGGAGGCUGAGGCCAGGCAGCUGAAGAGCUGCAUGAAGCCGGUGAGGCGCAGGCCUCUUGAGGAGGAGCUGAGGAUGAAGAGCAUGGAGGACAAUACCCUUGGGGAACAUCCUGAUGCUCAAGAGUCACUGGGUCCCCUGGUGGCCCCCACCCCUCUCCGUCCAUGGCCCCAGAUGACACUUCAGGUUUCUGAAGCUACAGUGACCAGAAACCCUCAAGCAGAAGGCGACAUCCCCAGAAGCAACCCACCUGUGGCUUUUACAGAGGUCCUCCAGACACCAGCCAUCAGGAUUCCUCCAUCUACCCGUGGCCUGGGUGGCCCUCCCAGGGACCAGGCCUCAGGGCCAGAUGCAAGCGAUAGAAUCACUGGGCCCUUCCUGGAACCCAGUCAGCACCAGGUGGAGGCCACGUGGGAAAGCGGAGGGGGUCGAAAGGCCGCCACGAUGGGGGCUGUGACAGAUGAGCCCGCUCGGGGUCUGGAGAUUGUGAGUGGGUUGGAGGAGCUGCUUGGUGAAGACACCAUUGACCAGGAGUUGGAGCAGCUCUACCUGUCUCACCUGAGCCGCUUGCGGGCUGCUGUGGCAGCAGGGGGUGGCGGGGAGGGCUCUACAGAUGGAGGGACGUCCCCCAGCCAUUCCCUGGGCAUACUCACGGACCGUGACCUGAUCUUGAAGUGGCCUGGCCCCGAGAGGGCCCUGAACAGUGCCCUGGCCGAGGAGAUCACGCUGCACUAUGCGCGCUUGGGGUGUGGCGUGGAGCUCAUCAAGGACACUGAGGACCCUGAUGAUGAGGGGGAGGGCGAAGAGGGCCUCUCCAUCACUCCCUCUAGCCCCGACGGAGACAGCCCUAAGGAAUCACCUCCAGAAAUCCUCUCUGGGGCGCGCUCUGUGGGAGAUGUGUGGCUCCCAUGGGCUGGGGGCUCCAGAUGUGACAGCCCUGUGAUUCUGGGAACACAGGGACAGUUUACUGAGAAUCCAGAGAAAGGGGUGGGCAAGGAUGUCAACUCUUUGCGUAUGAAUAGGCCCAUAGUUGGGGUGGUCAGAUCCCCAGGGGAGGCUGGGACAGAAGCCCGGAUGGAGGUUCCUACUGGGUGGACAGGCAGCUUGCUAUCUAUUUCUGAUAAUGAGCCUGCUGCCCCAGCUCUGCCAGAGCAGCACGCUGCUCUUCUUAGUCCCCCAGGGACUGAAGUUUGUCCUUCCAGUGUAGCCAACCGUCAUGUGACCUCCCAGGAUGAAGAGGGUGGAAGCCUAAACCCUGAGUCCCCAGAGAGGUCUCCCAUGCCAGCUGCCCCUGCAGAAUGUAUGUGUGGCUUGGCUCCUCAGCUUUGGGGGCCCUUGACUCAAACUCUGGGUGUCCUGGCUGGGCUAGUUGUGGUUCCUGUGGCUUUGAACAGUGGUAUGUCCCUUCUGGUGCUUGUGUUGUGCCUCUCUCUGGCCUGGUUCUCGUAGGGACUGCCUGUAGGAUCAGUGACAGCAGAUUUCCUCCUCUUCGGGGUCUGGAGAUUUGUAGUCCCUCUGUCACCCCAAGGAGGUGAAAUGUAGCCUGUGUAGUGAGGGACUUGGGUCCUUUGGUUUUGAGAGUGCUUGACUGGAGAGAGGCCUUCCCAGCUCUGAGCUCUCUGUAGUCAGCGCCAGGCUUCCAGCAGUAGAGCUUGUGCAGUGGAAGGAAUGGCAGAUCGUGUGAGAAAUUUUAGAAUGAACCAGGCAUGCCCCCCCACCCCCGAGCCUGUAUUUAUUUUUGUAUAAUUCUCUGGAUGAGGGAGAGUGGUCAUGAGCUGGUCUUGGGGCACAAUUACCCAGAGAUAUAUUUAUUAACAGCCAAUCUGUGCAACCUGCUGGAGCUUUAUUUUUAAUUUAAUUUAUAUAGAGUACCUAUUAUUAUUAUAUGCCACAAUAGAGCUCUAUGAGAAAUGAUGUGUCUUGCUGUGCUGGUCUCCUGUUUGGGCCCGAGUGUGUAGGGUGGUCACAUUCUGGGGAAUUAGCAUGGUCCAUGGUGGGAGUGGAGAUGGCCUCCUCAAUGUGUUCUUGAGGAUCUGUAUCUCUUUGCCUUGUGGUCCUAAUAUAUGUGGUCCUUUGGUCGUGCAUAUCUUGUCUGUGGGAGCCUGUGUCUGUGUAUAUGGGCGGUUGUGGUGGGAGCCAAGAAGAAGAGUAUUGACCACAUGAAGUUUUGGUGUUAGUCACAUGUCUGCAGUGGUGACUGUGGUCAUCUGUAAAUGUGGAGACAUGGAUUAGCCACAAGGUUUUGAGGUUACUGAAAAAUAAAAGUUUUUGACACCAGCAGGGAGACCCCUCAAGCCCCCAAAUGGGGAAGGCCCCAGAAAGGAAUUAAUGUACUGUGAAAAAUUUGUAUCAGAUUUGCUGUCCACAGACAUUGCAUUCCUGCUCCAAACAGGAAACUAAGAAGCUUUAAUAGAAAGGUUAGAUACAUUUAUUGCAUGCAAAUAAAAACUCUUGGCACAGCAAAAUAAAACACAAUAUAUUUAUUUACUUCCCUUUACAGCAAACCUUUUAAAAGUGAUAAUUGUUUUGGUGAUUUAUUUAUUUAUUUAGCAGGGUCUCAGACUGGCUGGGAGCUCACUGUUCUGCUGAUGCAGCCUCCUAGCAGUGAGGUUACAGAUGUGUGUCAGCAUAUACGCCUAGUGGUACAACAAAACUUUUUAAAAGAAUUAUUUUAACAGCUUUCUCCAUUCUUUUGUAUUCCGCCAAUACCCCUAUGUCUUUCUGAAACAGCCCCAAUCUGUAUUUUUUCCCCAGCAAUUUAAAAAGUGGCACUGCUGUUAUAGCAAUAGUUACGCCCCAGAUAUUUCUCUAUUCUUUUCUAUUCUGCUAACACCCCAUGCCUUUCUCAAAUAGCCCCAAACUGUAUUUUUUCCCCAGCAAUUUAAAAAUUGCUGCUGCUGUUCCAGCAACAGUUAAGUCCCAGAUCUCAUCUUACAUAGAUUCCCGGCAGCAUCUGACUGUUGUUAUCUUUAUUCCCAGCCUUUUCUUCACUUAGUUUCCAGGAUGCCACACGCUCCUAGUUUUCCCACUACCCACUGGCUAGUCUAGAAUAGUGCCCAUCAAGUAUGUCUGCCUAGGAAAUGACCAUUGAAGGAACAGACAUGUAUAUAAAGAAAUACAGACAACUGUGGUUACAGUUUCAGCUUAGCUACGCAAGUAGUGACUGACUGAGCAUCUCUGCUCUGUGGACACCAAGUGAAGAUCUCGCAGUCCUGUGGUGGCCAGAGGUACAGAUAAGAAGUCUCUGAGCAGUGUGCUCAGUGCACUAACAGUGUUAAGUAUUAUGGGCUGGAAAUCUUGGAGGAUUUGAUAUCUGGCCUGAGUUCCCCAAAGUGAGGAUGAGUCUGGCAGAGUGAAGGGGAGAAGAGGAGCAGUCAGAAGGAAUAGCCUUGUGGCAUGAAAGCAAAAAACAGCUAGUGAGAAAUUCAACACACCUGGGCUUCAAGCAUUAUUAUUUUUUAUACAUCUUCUCUGUAGCCCAACUUGGUCUUGAAUAAUGAUCCCCCUGCUUCAGCCUCCUGGGUGUUGAGUCUACAGCAUUAAUUACCAUGUCUGACCUCAAGAAGGUAUUUUGACUUCUCAAAUACCAAUGUCUGUGUCUUACUGAUGGUUUCUAUUGCUGCAACGAAGCAGCAUGACGACAAACAACUUGC